AUGGUAAACAAAAAACAGCUGUUAUCCCUGGAAAACCCUUGCUACCAGCAGGUCCUGGAAAGGUAUGGCCACUUAAAGGGAGUGAAGAUGGACAAUAUGGACACACGGGAUUUCCUUCCAGUGCACCUUAUCUUGGGAGUGUCUGACUAUACCAAGAUCAAGACUGAAACCGCACCUCUUAUUGGAGCCGCUAACGAGCCUAUUGCCGAGAAAACCAGGUUUGGAUGGACCAUUAUUUCACCAGGCAAGGAAGUGGAUCUGUCUCCAAUGUUCCUGACACAAAAAUCAACGGUAGAUUACGAAAACUUGUGCAGACUGGACGUACUUAGACUCGUGGAUUGUGCAACUGGUGACCAAGACGAGGUGCAUUCAGAGUUCAAAGAGCAACUUAGACGAGACGAAGAGGGUUGGUACGAAACUAGCCUUCCAUGGAAAGGGAACCACCCACCUCUACCAAGCAACGAAGCAGGAAGUCUUUGCAGGUUAACCGGCCUCGUAAAGAAACUGCGCAGCCAAGGAAUUAUAGUCCGUUACAAUCAAGUGAUCCAAGACCAAAUCAAGGCCGGAAUAGUCAAGAGAGUUAGCAGACCUGCCCCUGGGGAGCACGAGUUCUACAUUCCUCACAAGGCAGUGAACAAGCUCUGGAGUGUCCUAGUUCGUUCUCCGUUUCAUCCAGUGGCAGUCGCAGGAGACAUCAAGCAAGCUUUCCUCCAAGUCCGAAUCAAAGAGCUAGACCGCAAUGCGUUAAGAUUUGAUUGGUUGAAGGACCCAAGCAGUCAAACAGUGGAGACGCUGCAGUUUACUAGAGCCCUUUUCGGCCUCACGUCAUCGCCAUUCCUCCUGGGAAGCGUAAUUCAUCACCUGUUGGAAAGUUGCAGACAAAACUACCUGCGUAUUGUCAGCAAGAUCAAACAAAGCUUAUACGUAGACAACCUGAUCAGUGGUGGUCCUACAACUGAAAAGGCAAAAGAAAUCAAAUCAGCUUCUCAGAUCGUAUUCGCCAAGGGCACCUUUGAGUUGCAUAAAUGGCAUUCAAAUGUGAAAGAGUUGGAAUCAGCUACUUCCGAAACAGUCUCGAUCGAGGAAGAAACGUACACAAAGGAGCAGUUAAACGUCCCCAGAAGAGAAGGAACCACCCUGCUCGGUUUGCCAUGGGACAAGGAAAACAAUAUUAUCAGCGUGAGUUUUCCACAAGAGAAGGCUAACCCCAGCAAGCGGGGAAUUUUAAGCAAAGUGGCAAGGAUCUACGACCCACUGGGAUUGGCCUCUCCUAUCUCAUUGGGUGGUAAACUCCUCUACUGCAGUGGGUGUGACGCCAAGCUAAACUGGGAUGUAAGGCUACCAAGCAAGUUGAUGCAGAGUUGGAUAUGA